CUCUACUUAUUCUGGCCGUCUAAAAGGUCAUACAGGAAUGCACACAGGAGAAAGACUAUUUGAAUGCAGUGAGUGUGGAAAGAAGUUUACUCGAUCUAGUGAUCUAGCAGUUCACAGGAGAAUCCACACAGGAGAAAGACCAUUUGAAUGCAGUGAGUGUGGAAAGAAGUUUACUCGAUUAAGUGAUCUAACAGUUCACAGGAGAAUGCACACAGGAGAAAGACCAUUCGAAUGCAGUGAGUGUGGAAAGAAGUUUACUCGAUCUAGUCUUCUAAAAGUUCACAUGAGAAUGCACACAGGAGAAAGGCCAUAUGAAUGCAGUGAGUGUGGAAAGAUGUUUACUCAAUCUGGUAAUCUACAAAAGCAUAGGAAAAUACACACAGGAGAAAGGCCAUAUGAAUGCAGUGAUUGUGGAAAGAAGUUUACUGAUUCUGGUAAUCUAAAAGUUCAUAUGAGAAUACACACAGGAGAAAAACCAUUUGAAUGCAGUGAGUGUGGAAAGAAGUUUACUCAUUCUAGUGAGCUAAAAGUUCAUAUAAGAAAGCACAAAGGAGAAAAACCAUUUAAAUGCAGUGAGUGUGCAAAGAGGUUUUUUCGAUCUGGUCAUCUAAAAUUUCAUAUGAAAUUGCACACAGGAGUAAGGCCAUAUCCAUGCAGUGAUUGUGGAAAGAAGUUUACUCAAUCUAGUGAUCUAAAAGUUCAUAUGAGAAUGCACACAGCAGAAAGACCGUUUGAAUGCAGUGAGUGUGGAAAGAAGUUUUUUCAAUCUGGUCAUCUACAAGUUCAUAUGAGAAUGCACACAGGAGAAAGGCCAUUUGAAUGCAGUGUGUGUGGAAAGAAGUUUACUCAAUCUAGUGGUCUAAGAGAUCACUUGAGAAUACACACAGGAGAAAGACCGUUUGAAUGCAGUGUGUGUGGAAAAACGUUUUUUCGACCUGGUCACUUAAAAGAUCAUAUGAGAAUGCACACAGGAGAAAGGCCAUUUGAAUGCAGUGAGUGUGGAAAGAAGUUUACUCAAUCUAGUGGUCUAAAAAGUCACAUGAGAAUGCACACAGGAGAAAGGCCAUUUGAAUGCAGUGGGUGUGAAAAAAAGUUUACUCAAUCUAGUGGUCUAAGAGAUCACAUAAGAAUACACAGAGGAGGAAAGCCAUAUCAUAGGUCUCAUCGAAGAGAAGAGAAAAAACAUUGUGAAACUCGUGGAGAAUUCCUUGAUUUUGCGGCACUAGUUGCAAGACACCAAACAGUUCACACUCAAGAAGACAGGAUUGCUCAAAAGGAUAUAGAUUUGAUAUCAUCGUCAAGCAAGUCUCAAACCAACUCUAAUAGUACUCAUUUAUCUGCUCAAAUUUCUGCAAUGUUUAGUGAUAGAAGCUUAGUCACAUUUCUAUCCAUUCCUUCCAACGGUGUUUGCAGGUCAUCUGUUGUUUUCUCUAUGUUCCACCAUCCCAAUAUAGCUGUGACAUAUGGUGUGACUGUGUCUACGGGAGGUGACAUGUUGGUGAUGGAGAAAGUUGUAACGUCUUUAUCUGAUGUGCUUGAUGAUUCAGUCGUGAAUGAUGAGAUGAAUGUACACGAACGAAUUGAUAUUUCUUAUGGCAUUGUUUGUGCAGUCGACUAUUUGCAUCAUCAAGUGGGAAUCAUUCACGGCUACAUCAGCCCUACCACUGUAUUUAUCACAUCUCGACUGACCGCCAAACUGUUAGAUCCAGCAGCAUCUUGUCUCCUACAUGAUAAGAUAUGUCAACGUGAUGAGUCAUAUGAUGAUGAUCUGCAUCAACUAAUCUGUCUCCUCAUCAAGUUAUACGGCUCAUUUUCACAAUUUUUAUUUGUUUGUCGUCAUUUAUGGAGCAUAAUAAGUCAUGAUAAGCAGUCAAGGAACAAAGUGGUGUCUACGACGGAGCUGCUUGAGUUAAUUGAUGAAUUAAAACUCAACGAGGAAUACAGUUGCAGCUCCCGCAGACGUGAACUAUCGAUAGUUAAUUGAAAAUGAGUUCGUUAUCUGAUUAGAUAUAAAUGUUGACUGAUUGUGUGUGUUUGUAAAGUUGAAGUUUAGAGUACAUUAAUUGGUUGAAGACAGAGUUGCGUAUAACGUAGC